GUCACCAACUUUGAUAAAAUGGUUGCAGUUCGACAAGGAAGUCAUACAUAAAAUAAUUUCGCAGCGACACGCAGCAUGCCCACAUUUCAUCUUCAGGCUCAUGUUGUGUAAAAACUGUUUCUAAACACGUCUGCUUUUGGGACUAAACGCUUAAAGUAACGGUAAAGUAGCGUCGCUGCCGAUGUCGUGCACGCUGAACGGCGCCUCUGGAGCCCGGGUCCCUCUGGAGGACGGCCGAGCCGUGAUUCUGGGCCGGGGUCCUGAAACCGGGGUCGCCGACAAGAAAUGCUCCAGACACCAGGUGAAGGUGGUGGCUUGCUAUGCAGACCAGGAUGUGGUUGUUACUCAGCUGGGUCCCAAUCCAAGUUUCUUGGACGAUGAGAAGCUGGGCCGUGGCCAGUCUGGCAAACUCAUCCAUGGAGGCACCCUCUACCUUGUCAACCGGAGUCACCCAUUUACGCUCAGCUACUCUCUGAACCCCAAUGGAACAGCCUCCAGCUCUGCACAGAAAGGCCUGAAAGCCACCAAUAAGACUAAAACAGGGAGGAAUGGGAAAGAAAAAGAGGGACAUUCAAGUCCAUUACCCAAGCGCAGUAUAAAAGACUUCUUUCCUACCUCUCCCCUUAAGUCAUCUAAAAGGCGACUGAGCCCAGAGAGAGGACACUCUGAGGUGAAGUGUCAAAAGAGAGACGAGAAGUCCUCAAACAUUCAAAGGAAGGAAGAAGAGGAUGAGGAUGAGGAGGAGAGGCUGGCAGAGGAAAAGCUCAGGCAUCUGCAGGAUCUUGCUGAAAAAACAGUGGCAGCGAAGAGUGACGGCGUCCAGUCUUCGUCUUCCUCGUUCUCUUCAGCGGCGUGUCUGAGGAGCAGCUGGCAGCAGAUAGGCAACCUGAUGCUUUACACUGCUGCUGGUGUCAAAGGGAGUGAUAAGGUAGCUGGGUUCGACAUUGAUGGCUGCAUUAUCACCACCAAGUCUGGCAAAGUCUUUCCCACUGCACCAGAUGACUGGAGGAUUCUGUAUCCUGAAAUUAAGCCCAGACUGGCCAGUUUGCUCAAAAAAGGAUACAAGGUGGUUUUCUUCACAAACCAGAUGGGGAUCGCUAAAGGCAAACUGAGACCUGAAGUCUUCAAGUCUAAAGUGGAGGACAUCCUGGCUACACUGCAGCUGCCUGUGCAGGUGUUUGUAGCGUCAGGUCCUGGUAUUUACAGGAAGCCGGUGAUGGGAAUGUGGAAUCAUCUGUGUGAGAAGGCUAAUGAUGACGUGGCUGUUGACAAGACACAGAGUUUUUAUGUAGGAGAUGCUGCAGGACGGCCAGAGAACUGGGCUCCUGGGAAGAAGAAAAAGGACUUCUCCUGCAGUGAUCGACUUUUUGCUCUGAACAUUGGGUUACCUUUCCACACCCCAGAGGAGUACUUUUUGGGCUGGAAGAGCGCCCCCUACAGCCUACCUGAAUUUGAUCCUAGGAAACUUGACUCCACGGCCAGGCUGUACGACCCCCCCUCUGCUUCCCUCACCUCCAGCAAGACGGAAGUCAUUGUGGCCGUGGGCUACCCUGCAUCGGGUAAAUCCAGCUUCUUCCACACACACAUUAUUCCAGAGGGCUAUGUGUACGUCAACAGGGACACACUGGGCUCAUGGCAGACUUGUGUGUCGGCAUGCGAGCGUGCUCUGAAGGAGGGCCGCAGCGUCGCCGUAGAUAACACUAACCCAGAUCCAGAGUCCCGCAAACGAUAUGUGGACGUGGCCAAGGCGGCAGGUGUGGCUUGUCGCUGCUUCCACUUCUCCGCCUCACUGGAGCACGCCAAACACAACAACAGAUUUCGCGAGAUGGCCCCGUCAGACAGCAAACACGCCAAGGUCAAUGACAUGGUUUUCUACAGCUAUAAGAAACACUUUGUGGCUCCUGCUCUCUCGGAGGGAUUCUCUGAGAUCCUCCAGAUUCACUUUGUUCCAGACUUCAAAGACAGCAAAUCAGAAAUCCUGUUCAGACAGUUUUCUGAGGGCUAACUAGACACCUUCUUUUGACAUGGAAAAAAAAAAAAAAAAAACAGAGAUAAUGCCCGGAAAAGCAGCUCAACAACAUCCAUUUAUCCAGUCUCUAUAUGAGGUUAUUGUAUAGAGGGUUACAGAUGGGUGUCGAACGUCAACAAGAGAGACACACUGGACAGCCUGUCUCACGGUUAACACGGAAGGAACAGACAACCAUGCACACUUCAGCCAUGGAAAACAACGGGUGUUUUGUUUUCUUCUUGUUGUUUUUUUUUAUUCAGCUGACAUCUACACAGUGCCCGUCCGUCCUAUUUUAUAUGCAGACAGUGUGACUAAUGACCUUUAAUUACAAAGUGACAGCAGAGACUUUAAGUAGACUCAUUGUGGCCACCUGGACAAACCAAGUGUACUCCACCACUGCUAUGAAAAUCACUGUAACUCACUUGGAAAAUAAAGUUUUGAAAAGCUG